GGCGAAGCAUCUGGACCGGUAAGAGACUCUCUCAUCAAUCAUAGCCACAUACCAAACUAUCUUUCUCUCUCUAAUAUAUCUUUCUUUGCUCUUUUAUCUUCUUGAUCUUCCUAUAUAUGGAGAAACACCAAAAGGGUACAACGAUACUAUACGGAUCCAACAAACUGGAUUGAUUACCCACAAGUACUUAUUCUUUUUGUUCCUAGCGUUUCGGAGAAUCCGAUCAAGAACAAAGUAAACCAUAUUAUAAGUAUUAUAUAGACUUAGAUGUUCCGGUUUCCGGUGAGUCUAGGAGGUUCACGUGACGAAACCCGUCACGAUCAGAUCACACCGUUGGACGAGCGUCGUGUAGUGGUUGGUGAGGUUGACUUCUUCUCGGAUAAGAGAGAUAGGGUUUCACGUGAGAACAUCAACGACGACGAAGACGACGAAGCCAGUAAGGUUCACGUCAAAAUGGAGAGUUCACGAGUUGAAGACAACGAUCGUUCUAGAGAUGUAAAUAUCGGGCUGAAUCUUCUGACGGCGAAUACGGGAAGCGAUGAAUCAACAGUGGAUGAUGGACUGUCAAUGGAUAUGGAAGAUAAACGUGCAAAGUUUGAGAACGCACAAUUGCAAGAGGAGCUGAAGAAGAUGAAAAUAGAAAACCAAAGGCUAAGGGAAAUGUUGAGCCAAGCGACCAACAACUUCAAUUCCUUACAAAUGCAACUUGUUGCCGUCAUGAGGCAACAAGAACAACGCAACUCCUCCCAAGAUCAUCUGUUGGCUACGGAAGGUAACGCAGAAGGAAGUAAACGGCAAGAAGUGCAAACCAUGGUGCCAAGGCAGUUCAUGGACCUCGGGCCGUCUUCUGGCGCGGCCGAGCAGGAUGCUGAAGUGUCAUCUGAAGAGAGAACAAUGCUGCGCUCAGGAUCUCCUCCUUUGCUUCUGGAGAAUUCAAAUCCCCGAGAGACCGGAAAGAGGUUACUUGGGAGAGAAGAAAGCCCGGAAUCCGAGUCUAACGCCUGGGGAAACCCUAACAAAGUCUCCAAACACAAUCCACCUUCCGGAAGCAACAACAACAACAACGGAAACAGAAACCUUAUUGAUCAGUCCGCUGCGGAAGCCACCAUGCGAAAAGCCCGUGUCUCAGUUCGCGCCCGGUCUGAAGCAACUAUGAUAACCGAUGGAUGUCAAUGGAGAAAGUACGGACAAAAAAUGGCUAAAGGAAACCCUUGUCCGCGAGCUUAUUAUCGCUGCACGAUGGCUGGUGGAUGUCCUGUUCGUAAGCAAGUGCAACGUUGCGCAGAAGACAGAUCUAUUCUCAUAACCACUUACGAAGGAAACCACAACCAUCCGCUUCCACCAGCCGCAAUGGCCAUGGCCUCAACAACCACCGCAGCCGCAAGCAUGCUCCUCUCAGGCUCAGUGUCUAGCCAAGACAAUUUAAUGAACCCAACAAACCUCCUAGCUCGAGCCAUCUUGCCUUGCUCCUCAAGCAUGGCCACAAUCUCAGCCUCCGCGCCGUUCCCAACCAUCACACUGGACCUCACCAAUUCACCCAACGGUAACAACCCGAACAUGACCACUAAUAACCCGUUGAUGCAGUUCGCUCAAAGACCCGGUUUCAACCCGGCGGUGUUGCCUCAAGUGGUUGGUCAAGGUUUGUAUUAUAACCAACAACAAUCCAAAUUUUCUGGUUUACAGUUACCCGCUCAGCCGCUGCAGAUGGCUGCAACUUCUUCGAUGGCCGAGAGCGUUAGUGCCGCCAGUGCAGCGAUUGCGUCCGAUCCAAACUUUGCUGCGGCUUUAGCGGCAGCAAUUACGUCCAUUAUUAACGGCUCCAGUCAUCAGAAUAAUAACGGCAAUAAUACCAAUCUGGCUACUAGCAACGGUGACAAUAUAUAGGCAGUAAGAGUCUUUGUUUUGAUGCUCGAUUUUAUUUUAUUGGUACUUUGUUUUUUGAGUUUUGGAUGUGUAAUUAUUCGUAUCCUUGGUUUUGCUUUUGUUCGUAAACAAGAAGGGUCUUUGAGAACAUGUUUUUCCUCUUGUUCUUCGUGUAAGAUCAACGUUUUUGUGGGUACUUGAAUUUCAGUUAAAAAUAAAAUUUCUUUAAAUUUGGACGAGUUUACGCUCUCACUAACGCACAGAAGAACAACUUGGUGCCUACUUGAAGAUUAUUCUCAUGCAUUAUAUUAUUCUCAUACAUUAUUUAUUAGCUUGUAUAGCUUGCUGCUCUUUCGAGUUUUUGUGAACCGUAUAGCUUGCUGCAAUAUUAUUUCAUCUAAAGUUUACAUAACCAACCACAAGGUGGUGGUCAAGUAGCAGGCGGUAGCAACCCGACUUCGGUUGCAUUUUACUACACUUUCACCUUAUGGUCCCGCAGGAUAUAAGCCAUAUUUUGGAUCUCAUUUAAAUAUCCGAAGAGAAAGUCCGUUGGAUUAGUUUGAGCUCUUCUGUAAGUUCAGGAUACCCCAAUGUUAAUCAUAAAAAUAAGUUUACAUGACUACUUUCGUAAACCUUAUAAAAUCAUAUUUGUAAUAUUUAGAAUUACCUUUUGUUAAAAGAGGAAGAUAAUUUCAGGAGGAAUCAAUUCUGGUGAUUCGUCUAAAUUAGAAAGCCAUGGUUUUGUGUCCUCCAAUCAGUGGAUUUUUACAAAAUUAUGGGAUAGAGAACAACUCAUGAGCAUACAUGUCCCCCAAAUUUCCCAAAAUAUCAUUAUUGAUACUUAUUGUACAAAGUGACUUUAUAUUGGAGGAAAUCAAAAUUUUGGGUUAGAAAAAAAAGUUUUGGACUCCCAAAUUUGACAAUUCAUAUAUAGUAUUUGAUCUGGCUUCAAAAGUUUGAAGGGACAACAUAAUUUUCUUUUUACCUCCGUUCUUAAACUAGAUGAUCUUUGUUUACUAGUAAAGAUUGACUAUUAUAAAGGUAUAUGCACUUUGUCCUAAACGUUUAAACUUACUCUGAUCCAUAAUUUUCUUACUUCAUUCGAUCUCAAACUAGAUGAUCUUGCUUUUACUACUAAAGAUUGUCUAUAUAAAGGUAUAUGCACUUUUGUUCUAAACGUUUAACUCACAUACUUUGAUCUUGCUAUUGAUUAACUAAACAUUGGUUCCACGAAGUACGAACGAACUGGCUAGCACUAAAGAAAGUUUGGUUUAUGUUGUUUGGCUAAAUAUUACAACGAUAGUAUCUCUGUAAGAAUUAAUGUGGUUGAAUAUUUUUGUUUCGAAGUGAGAGAUGAUAUCUGUGGAACUACCAGAAUUGUAAGAGUUUUGUAAUCAAGCACAAAAGCUUGAGAAUUGUGGAGAGUGUGAACUCAACAAAUAAGAUUGAAUCAUUGAUAGCAGGUGAGAUCAUUUAGAUAUACAAGAAGCUCAAAACUGUACUCACUUGCUAUGAUUUAGCAAUUGAAAAUCCUUAGGAUGUAGUAUCUUAAGUAAUGUAUAUAUAGCCUUGAUAGAAUUAGAUGCCAAUUGUCUACUGUAUAUUAUUUAUAUGUUUGGUUUUAUUUUGCUUAACAUUGUUUUGUUCCAGUAGAGCGCUCUUAAACAACGUGUUUAAACAAUAUUUACUUGGAAACUAUGAUGAGGCAAAAUUGAAAGGCAUUACUAUGGAGAUCCGUAUGACUCAAGUAAUUAAAAUUGGGGUCAAUGAGUCUUUCCAGUCGUUCAGCCAUUACUAGGGACAAAAAAAUGCCAUCCACAACACACAUAACAUUUUGAUAACUUUAGAUGAUCGAGUCUACGAUGAUUCGUAGGGCACAGUUAAAAAAAUAAUAUAUAUUGAUAACUACAAUAAUAAACAUCUACAAUAUAAAAAAAAACAUCUACAAUAUAAGUAAUCGAUAUUUCCAAAAUAUAUAAAUUAUGUUCCUAAUAUAUUAAAAAAGAAUGUUCCUAAUAUAUUAAGGUUAUGAUAUAUUACUACUUGGGUACUCAAUAGACAAUUGUUAUAAAAAAAAAGGGAAAAAAAACGCAUCAGUAUACAUGAAUUUAUUUUAAUGUAUAUGUGGGGCUACAACAUACUGCAUGGCGUACGUACGUUUUACCUAGUAAAAACAAAGUCCUGUAAUUUUAUUAUGUUGGAAAAUGAAUUCAUCGUACAUGAUUUUAUCGAUGAGAUUAUUACAUAAAAUAACUAAAAAUCAAAAAUUAAAACGAAAAUCCUUAUCAAAUGGAACUGAAAGUGAGAUAGAUAUCUAUCGCCUCCAUAUUCCUUAAGGAGAAUUUUUAUCUCCAUUGAUAUUGGUUUGAUAAGUGGCACCACCGCCAUUUCCUCCUCCAAUUCCAAUACCAAAGCCAAUGCCCAUUCCAAAACCUACUCCUACUCCUCCUCCAUUGCUUGUACCGGUUCCUUCUCCCGUCCCAUAUCCCUCUCCUCUUCCACUUCCACUUCCUCCACCGCUACCUCCACCACCACCACCGCCACCUCCUCCACUACCACUACCUUUACCCAUCCCAAAACCAGCACCAUAACCACUACCGUAACCAUAUCCAUUGCCGGAACCAGCACCUCCUCCACCACCACCUCCACCUGCUCCACCUCCUGCUCCAACACCAGUACCAGCACCGGAUCCGCUUCCGUGACCAGAACCUCCAUUGGCACCACCACCUUCUCCGCCACCACCACCUCCACCUCCUCCUGCUCCUCCAACUCCAACACCAGCACCAGCCCCUGAUCCACUUCCAUGACCGGAUCCUCCAUUGGCACCACCACCUUCUCCGCCACCACCUCCUCCACCCCCUCCACCACCACCUCCACCUCCUGCUCCAACACCAGUACCAGCACCGGAUCCACUUCCGUGACCAGAACCUCCAUUGGCACCACCACCUUCUCCGCCACCACCACCUCCACCUCCUCCUGCUCCUCCAACUCCAACACCAGCACCAGCCCCUGAUCCACUUCCAUGACCGGAUCCUCCAUUGGCACCACCACCUUCUCCGCCACCACCUCCACCACCACCUCCACCUCCUUCUCCAACACCAGUACCAGCACCGGAUCCGCUUCCGUGACCAGAACCUCCAUUGGCACCACCACCUCCACCUCCUGCUCCAACACCAGUACCAGCACCGGAUCCACUUCCGAGACCAGAACCUCCAUUGCCACCACCACCUUCUCCGCCACCACCACCUCCACCUCCUCCUGCUCCUCCAACUCCAACUCCAACACCAGCACCAGCCCCUGAUCCACUUCCAUGACCGGAUCCUCCAUUGGCACCACCACCUUCUCCGCCACCACCUCCUCCACCUCCACCCCCUGCUCCACCAACUCCAACACCAGCACCAGCACCGGAUCCGCUUCCAUGACCAGAACCUCCAUUGGUACCACCACCUUCUCCGCCCCCACCCCCUCCACCUCCUCCUGCUCCACCAACUCCGCCACCAGCACCCGCACCGGAUCCGCUUCCAUGACCCGAUCCUCCAUUGGCACCAACACCUUCUCCACCCCCGCCUCCUCCACCUCCUCCUGCUCCACCCGAUAUUCCACCAACUCCGACACCAGCACCAGCGCCGGAUCCGCUUCCAUGACCUGAUCCUCCAUUGGCACCACCACCUUCACCGCCACCGCCUCCUCCACCUCCUCCUCCUCCUGCUCCACCAACUCCAACACCAGCACCCGCUCCGGAUCCGCUUCCAUGACCCGAUCCUCCAUUUGCACCACCGCCUUCUCCGCCCCCGCCUCCUCCACCUCCUCCUGCUCCACCCCCUGCUUUACUAACUCCGACACCAGCACCCGCGCCAGAUCCGCUUCCAUGACCUGAUCCUCCAUUGGAACCACCACCUUCUCCACCCCCGCCGCCUCCACCUCCUCCUGCUCCACCUGCUGCUCCACCAACACCAGCACCUACGCCGGAUCCACUUCCACGACCUGAUCCUCCAUUGGAACCACCACCUUCUCCACCUCCGCCGCCACCACCUCCACCUGCUGCUCCACCAACUCCAACACCAGCACCCGCGCCGGAUCCACUUCCAUGACCUGAUCCUCCAUUGGCACCACCACCUUCUCCGCCGCCACCACCACCACCAUAGCCACCACCAUAACCAUUCAUACCAGCUCCAUACCUUUCUCCAUGGCCAUACCUUUCACCACCAUAUCCAGCACCAUAUGUUUUGGAAGGUUGUCUAUAAAAACUGCCGCAUCCACGCCAAUUCCACGAAGAACAACCAUCAUCCUCGUUUUUAUUCUCCACAUUAUCUCCAGAACUCUCCGCAAUCAAUGCAAAAACAAUGCAUGAAAGAAGAAGAAGCACGUAUAAAAAUCUUGAGUGAGUAGCCAUUGAAGUACUCUUGUUGGUUUUCAAAGAACUAGAAAGCAACUUUGGUUUGGUUCCAUUUGUGCUUGGUUCUGCUCUAUAUUUAUAGUGCGAAUCAGAGUGGAAGAUCGAUUAUUAUAUUUUGUUUUUUAAUAUAUCAGUUCAAUAGUCAGACCAGUGUUGGUCCAUAUGCAUUUACA